GAAAGGAACAGUCACAGUCACAGUCACAGUCACAGUCACAGUCUCAGUUCGUGUUGCGUUGUUGCAUCAGAGUACAUACACAUACACCACCGUUGUCUUCUCUCUUUCCCACUUUCGCCGCCGCGUUUCCACCUUGUAAUCAGAAAUCGAAGUUUCUUGAUCCAAACGGAAACUAUGAAUCCACCUGAUCCUUCACCUAAUAACACCCUCUUCCUCUUCGGGAGAAGGAUCGAAUUCCACCCUGUCAAGAAACCAUUCAAGGGCUUUUCCAAUGAUUUUCACCUCGAGACCCUAAACCCUACUGCCUCCGAACCUCGACCGCCUUGUUCAUCUCCUGCUGCCUCGCCUGCGGCUUCCAAGAAGCACCACGGUUCCGAAUUAUCCUCCGACUAUGGCUUGGAUCCGGAGCUCAGCUUCGGGAUUACCUCUCGAAGAAUAGGAGCUGGGUUGCAAAAUCUUGGAAACACAUGUUUUCUCAAUUCGGUGCUGCAGUGUUUGACAUAUACGGAGCCACUAGCUGCAUACCUGCAAAGUGGCAAGCAUAAAAAUUCCUGCCACAUUGCUGGAUUUUGUGCUCUGUGUGCAAUACAGAAUCACGUGAGUCGCGCACUGCAAUCAACUGGGAGAAUAUUAUCACCAGAGGAUCUUGUUGGGAAUCUACGGUGCAUAUCACGAAAUUUCCGAAAGGCAAGGCAGGAGGAUGCACAUGAGUAUAUGGUUAACUUACUUGAGUCGAUGCAUAAAUGCUGCCUCCCUUCUGGUGUACCAAGUGAAUCACCUGGUGCUUACGAAAAGAGUUUUGUUCACAAGAUCUUUGGUGGUCGUCUCCGGAGUCAGGUGAAAUGCCAGCAGUGUUCUUAUGACUCCAACAAAUUUGAUCCAUUCUUAGAUUUAAGUCUUGAGAUAUUCAAGGCAGAUUCAUUGCAAAAAGCACUUUCAAAUUUCACUUCUGCAGAAUGGUUGGAUGGUGGGGAGAAGCAAUACCAUUGUCAACGAUGCAAGCAGAAAGUUAGGGCUCUCAAGCAGCUUACAAUUCAUGAGGCACCAUCUGUGUUAACAAUUCAUCUUAAGCGGUUCUGUGCACACGAUCCUGGGCAAAAGAUUAAAAAGAAGGUUCAGUUUGGUUGUGAGCUGAACUUAAAACCUUUUGUUAGUGGCUCAUAU